AUGGUUCGAGUCACCGACGACAUUGAGCUCGCGCCGGAGCAGCUCGUCGCAUACCACGCCUCGGAUCCCCUCCUCGGCCACCUCCCCAUCGUCGUCCUCUACGGCGCCGCGACGACGGCCAACCUCGCGCACCACAACAGCUCGCGCGUCCAGAUCCACGUCCUCUCGCCCGCCGGCCUGCGCAGCUUCCCGCGCCUGACCAUCUCCCCCAACUCGCCCUACUACAGCGUCGUCGCCCGCCUGCCGCGCGAGUUCCAGGGCGACGACGUCUACCGCGCCCUCGCCUUUGGCCUCUUUCGCUGCUUCGCCGAGCUGCCCGACGGCGUCCGCGCCCAUCUGCGCAAUGCCUACCCCACCAGAGGCCGCCUCCCGACGACGACGACGACGGCCGCCGCCCAUGACGCGGCGCCGCUGUUUGGCGACCAGCACGCUGCCAACGUCGUGGCGUCCAUGGUCCAGAGCGACAACAUUGCCGCCGUCGUGACGGCCCUCCAGGAUGCCCUCCAGCCGCAGCACGUGAGCAACCUCGACAUUGACUUCAUCCUGCCCCCGGGCUCCAUCGUGCCGAUGCAGGAAGAGGACCUCGAAGACGUGCCCGAAGACGAAGACGACAUCCUCGACCCCACGCUCCGACAGUACGGCGGAUAUACCCCCCUGGUGAAGCUGCUGGGCGAGCCCGUCUUCAUCCCGACGAGUCGACUGCGCCGCGCACCGUCAAAGCCGACAUCGAUAAACAAGAGCAAGACCUUUACCGUGGAGCAAAAGAUUGAGCUGCGCAUGAAGCUUGCGGAGCUCGUCGAUACCGAGGAGCGCUAUGUCUUGAAGCUCAACGAGCUCGCUCACGCCGUCGUCGACAAGUUUCGCGAUGGCGCCCAGCAAAGACUAGGACAGACCCUCACUGCUGCUGAAGAGGAGCUGGCGCGCUUGUUCCCAGGUGCGGCCGACGAGAUUCUAAACCUCAACUCUGCAUUCUUGUCAGAGUUGCAGAACGUCAUGGACGAGACCGAGGAAGAGGCGCUGGUUGACAUGGAGGGCAACAGUGCACACCUCAUGAGUCCUCGCCAGGCCGGCAUGGCGCGCAUCAAAGACCCCAUUGGUGCGCUAGCCAUGGCAAAGGUGUUCCUGGAGUGGUUCCCGAAAUUUUCAGACUGCUACAGAGACUACAUCAAGGCCAGCCAGCAUUUCCCAUCGUCAAUGGAUGGCUUCUUGGACCCGCAGGCGACACCCCAACGAGGCGACCAAGCUACAAAAUCCGCCCUGAUUGAGCCUGUGCAACGCCUGCCUCGCUAUAGCUUGUUGAUUGAUCAGAUAGUCGCUUCGCUACCCAUUACACAUCCCGCGCUGCAGUCGAUGCUGAAAGCCAGAGACAUUAUUACGAAUAUCUGCUCACUAGACACGGCCGAAACGACCAAGCCUCAGCUUGCCAGCCAGCUUCGAAAUAUUGUGGAGGCGUGGCCGGCAGAUCUUGAGCCCAAGGGCCGUCUCAUCGGAGCCGCCGAUUUCAUCGAACUUUCUCCUCCGUUUGAGGUCUCCCUCACCGAAAGCGAUAGCAGGGGCAUCCUGCUGCUGUUUGCCGACUGCGUGGCUAUUCUCAAGAAGACUGGCCGGCUCACGGGCAGAGAUUUGCUGAGGGAGAUUGGCAAGCCGUCCGCUGCAGAAUUGCUCAUUUCUAUGACGAAUGCCGCAGGCGGCUCCGCAGCAUACGAGUUUGCCUUUACGGGCUGGCACGACCUUGCCAGCGUGCGCUUCACCGAGUCUGCUAAUGGCAGCCUCGCGUGGAUGACGUCGACGCAGAAUAUGAAAGCCGUGCACACUGGCGAGCACCGCAUCAGCCCGUCGCCAACAGCGAGAUGCUUCCUGCUGCAGGAGCUGUAUGAAGGAAAAGCGUCCCGGUGGGGAGAGGAUGUCGCCAGAGCUAGGAUUGAAGCACGCUUCUCAGAGUCCGAAAGAGAGGAUCCGUGCUGGACGCUGCGCACCAUCCGUAUGCCCGAUAGCAAUCUGGGGCUCCACACUGCCGUUUUCCAAGAAGGCGCCGAUCAGCUUGUCGAGGGCCGUCGCGAGCCUGCUGCAGUGCGCGUUGUUGUCGAUCACGAAAGAGGGACAAAGGGUGCGCCAGUCGGACACUACGGUGUAGAGAUUGUCAUUACAGUGGCCGCCAACGAUCUGCGACGAAUAUCAAUGCUCACCGUCGGUCUGCACGGCAAGCAGUAUCAAGACGAUGUUGCUUUGGAAGAUUUUAUUCCAACAAUGUCUCGAAGAAUAAUUCAACUCCUCAACACUCAAUUCAACAUUGCCAAUAUGAAUCUCACAGCGGCCCUCGUUUCCUACAACAGUAAAAUCCUGCGCAGCUUGAACUUUGCUACCGGACAGACGACCCCUGUGUCCCGAGCGGAAAAGACUCGAUCGUUUCUCUCAAGUGCAUCGCCAGUGAAGCUGCUGUCGAACUUGUGGGGUGGAACCAGCAGUAACAAUGCUGCCAGCAAUACUAGCACCGCAACUCCGGACUCGAUAAUAUCGACUGCGACUGUUGCGCGCCAGCCAUCACUUCAUCGCAGCAACAGCUACCACUCAAUAUUGGGAUCCAUUCGCGGCGAGCGCUCCUUUAUUGAAGAUACACCACCUGAUAAUCCCAUCGUACGACUAGAGGAGACCUUCACAGCAUAUGCAGCGGCCUUGCAGGAACGGAAAGGCGCGAUCAACGGCAGAACACUGAUGAAUCGAUCUUCCGUAGACGAGGUGUUGGUCAACGACGUCUACAACCGUCUUAUUGAGAAUCCCUACGACUAUGAACUGCCGGUGGAUGUGAGCACCGAAGUCAUCUUUGUUGCUUUCGAAAACUUCUUGCGCAUAGCAUGGACGGAGCAAAUGGGUGCAGUCAUGUCCAAGCAGUCCAUGAACACUCUGCAAGAUCGGGCCAACCGCAGGGCGCUCGGCGACUUUGCAGACUUUGUCCGCUAUUUGUUCUCCGACAUGGCACCCCAGAACCGCCGCGCAUUUGCGGCCCUUAUCAAACUACUGGCUGAUCUUCUCGAUGGAUGCAGCGACGACGGCGACCGAGGUGCUUUGACGAUUGCCUUUGCUGAGCUGCUCGUUAUGGACGGAACGGCUUCUUAUUAUAUUAAUCUUUUGGAUCGCCUGGUGGAAGAUUGCGAUCGAAUCUUUGGCGGCACAAGCCCAAACCAGAGCUUUUCAUUCGAGGCCGCUUCCAUGACAGGAUCUGUCCGAUCCACAACGCUGCGCAGAGGAGUAUCGAUGACGGGCUCUGUUGCGUCAAAUGCCUCGUCGCUGCGUAAAAAGUUUGGCCUGGAUGUGCUCAUGCGGCAGAGCAAGGACGACAGACCGGAGCGGCCUUCUGUUUGGAGGAGCCUCAGCAAACAUCGCAAUCCCGCAACGGGGGAGCCCUCUAGUUUUUCGAGACGCACAAUGAAGCAGGGUUUGAUGGGCGAGGAUGGUACCUUGCCUAGGCUCUUGCAGCGAGGCAACAGCGCUCGAGAGCGGCCAACAAUUGCUGGUGCUUUUGACGCCCCGAGCAGACCGACAAGCUCACACAGAGCAGAGUUCCCGCUAAGCACAAUCGGUGAGCCCAAGAACGAAGGCGCAUCGCCAUCGAGGUUCAAGCACAAACGCCGAAGCUCCUUGUCCGAUCUGAAGAGCUUGUUGGAGGCGACGACCCUUGACGACAAGGAAGAGGCUGUCCAACCGCUGCAGCUUUCAAAACAGACCUCCGGAAAAGCAAAUACUGCUGCCGGACAAGGGUUGCCGCGAGACAUUAGUGGUGGCUCGCUGCAGAAGGAAAAUAUGGAGUCCUCUGAGAGCUUGAUGACUCUAGAUAGCGGCAGCGUGCCUAGCAAAACGUCGUCGCCUGUCAAGCCCGUUGUCAAGCAUGCCAAGGCGCUGUCUGUAACAAAUAUCCCCAUGCUGAAGCCCAUCCAGCUUGGCCCGUCCACAGCAGCAUCUGCCAACAAAGCCGCCGGUGGGCUUACACGAUCGCCGGCGCGCCUGAGGCUGCAGUCGCCACAACGACUUCGAGAACGCCUACAGACAAGCAAGACUGCCGUGGAUGAAGCCAGCACUGCAUUGCGAGCCGAGAUGCAAAAGGCCACGGAUCAAGCUUCCUAUGGCAACGCCUUCUCUAGCAGGGAAACCUUUGACGCGCAGGCGAUGCAAACUUUGGAAGGCAAGCUCAACAAGACUAUGCAAGAGCUGCAAGACAAGUACUCUGUCUUGCAAGAGGAAAUGGAUACGACUCUCAAGGCUACUGAAGCUAAGAUGCGCUCCAUAGACCAGCUCCACAAGGAAGUCUCGGCCGAAAACGAGCUGAUUUACGAAAAGUUCAACGACGAGCUCGGCAAGAUCGUCAAGGCGCUCCGUAGCAAGGGCAAGGAGGACAAGGAAGAGCUCAUGACCAAGCUCAAAGAGCAGUCGGAAGCAGCGGCCAAGCUGAGACGGGAGAAUGGCCGGCUGAAGAGGGAGAAUAUCAGCCUCCGCGCGUCGUUGAAGCAACAACCCGAGUAA